AUCUAUCCAGAUAUUUCUCCUUCUCUGUAGUCGCAUUUUCUCACCAGUUAAAGAACGAUCGGCUCUGUGGUGUAAACAUCUUCGUUCGCUCUUACAGAAAAACCAGAACAGAAAAUGGUAUUUUCUGUAUUGGAUUUCGUUUAAUUCUUGAAUUAGCUGUCGACUGUGUAUUUCCAUGGCUCUUCUCGCUCGUGCACCGGAAUUUUCCAUCGUCUCGAAGAUUAUCAGCCAGCCCAAUCCUAGAAAUGUUAAAGGCUUCAGAGUUUCAUCGAAUUUUGGGUCGAUCGGCGCUAAGGCUAUGAUUAAGGUUUGUUCGGAAGUGAAAGGUUCUGAAAUUGGUGUUUCGAAAUGGGAUCAGUAUGUAAAGCUGCACGGACAGUUUGCAACUCCAUUGAAAGGGGACUCCAAGAUGAGUAAAGAGGAGGAAGAAAAGCAGAAUUAUUAUGUGAAUAUGGGGUAUGCUAUACGAACCCUGAGGGAAGAGUUUCCGGAGCUUUUCUACAGGGAGCUUAGCUUUGAUAUAUACAGAGAUGACAUUGUAUUCAAAGAUCCUCUCAACACUUUCACUGGCAUUGACAACUACAAGUCAAUCUUAUGGGCACUACGAUUCCAUGGAAAGAUCUUUUUCAGGGCUUUGUGGGUCGAUGUUAUAGGCAUAUGGCAGCCGAUGGAGAGCGUCAUCAUGGUUCGAUGGACCGUUCAUGGCAUCCCACGAGUUCCAUGGGAGAGUCGUGGUCGAUUUGAUGGGACCUCCGAGUAUAAGCUUGACAAGGAAGGUAAAAUCUACGAGCACCGAGUCGAUAAUAUUGUUCUCAAUUCACCACCUCCCAAGUUUCGGGUUCUGACUGUGGAAGAGUUGGUCCAAGCCAUUGGCUGUUCAUCUACUCCUAAACCCACUUAUUUUGAAACGUCAUCUUCUUCUUCAGCUUCAAACGAAACAUAGCUCAGUCAAGUGAUGGAAAAAGUUUUGGAAUAUGGCUUGGUUAAUUGUCUGUUAAUAUGUUGGGAUGAUACUGUUUUAUAGCAUAAGGUGGUACAAAAAUUUAGUGCUGUGUUUGUGUGUAUAAUCAGGCUGUAAUUACUGUUUUACCCAUGUUUUCAUCUUAUGAGCCUUUUUGUACAAACAUUGUAAGUGAUAUAUACUGUGAAUUUGAAGGCCAAUUUUGUG